UCAAACGAGCAGCAGAUGUGAUCGUUUGGAAGUGUUGAGUCAAAGCAGGUCGAAUCUCUUAUUUAGUCUUUUGACUUAUAAAAGUGAAUCUUUAAUGUCAGAGUCCUUGUCGUUGACUGAGCGUCGGUGGAAAUGUUCGAGAAAUAAAGUGUUUCUAUGUAAUGGCAGAGCUCCCGUCUGGACUACUGGAGGCAUGUGUUGUGGUUGGAGCCAACAGCGAUAAGCUUCGCGAGAUAUACCAGCUUCACCAGCAGAGUAAAAUAAAGGAACUCCCACUGUUGGAAGCUGAAGUACUGCAGGUCCAUGCCCCGCCCUUUGUUUCCAAGGGGAGCAACUCCAGCCACGUGAUUAGUCCAGCUUUUGGUCGUGUCCAGAGGAAAAAAAGUUUCAUCAAGAAGAAGAGGCGAGAGCGCGGUGUGGAGUUUCCGAAUGGAGAAUCGGCCAGUCAUGCAGAAACUGUUUCAGUGGCGGAGGAUAUCAGUGUUCCAAAGGAUCUGGAUCUCAUUGCUUUACCACACCUGUGUUUCCCCGGUGGUCUUCAGUUAGUGGAGGAGCAGAAAGAGGAUUGUUACCACUUCCUGGUUUUUACUGACCUGCUUGGAAACAGGACCCAUGGAGUUGUAGUGCAAUACUACAGAUGUGUACAGGAAGGCAUCCAGAAUGGCCAUCGGUGGACUUCAUCAAAAACCCGUCUCUAUACACCCUUUGCUGUGUGCAUCAUCUCUAAGUUCCCCUACUACAAUGCCUUGAAAGACUGCCUGUCAUGUCUUCUGGUCCAGCUACGACUUGCCAGACAUGCAGACAUCGAGGAGACUGUCAAGGAGUUUUCCGCCAAGUUGUCACUGGUGCCGUUACCUCCUCCGGGACACCUACAUGUGUCGUUCAACCUCCGACCCAUUCAAGUGGUUCUACCAUCUAGGGAGGAUCAGGACCGGCCUGUUGUUGAUAUUGACCUGCAUCUACCCUUCCUAUGUUUCACACCAGCAACAUUGCUGCAGGUGUUGUCUUGUCUCCUGCAAGAACAAAGGCUGGUUUUGUUUUCAUCAGACUGGGCAAGACUCACCCUGAUAGCAGAGAGUUUGCUGCUGUACUUGCAGCCUCUGUCCUGGCAGCAGCCGUAUGUUCCCGUCCUAGCCAGCGGAAUGUUGGACUUCCUCAUGGCUCCCACUGCCUUCAUGAUGGGCUGUCACAGCAGUCAUUUUGAAGAAGUCGCGGCUGAGACAGAGGACCUCGUCUUGGUGAACACUGACGACGGCCUCAUUCAGUCGUCAUGUUGUGAAUCCAUUAACCUACCAACUAUUCCUCUGACUGCAGCUGAGAGCUUUAUAUCAAGGGCAGAAUGUCUGCAGCUGCACUAUGACUUGGAGCUGUGCCACCUCGGAGCAGGCACUGACGUUGGUGUGCUGAGAGGCCAACGCAGAGACUGGCAAAGGCGACUCAACACGCAGAUACAAAAUAUCACCCUGGAACUGGUGGUCAACAUCUUCAGAGGGGUCCAAGACUUUCUGAACUAUGAGCACAGAGUUUUUAACAGUGAGGAGUUUCUGAGGACUCGGGAGUUAGCAGACCAGCCUUUUUACAAGAAGGUAUUAGACACUCAUAUCUUCCACUCAUUCCUGCGAGACAGACUGAACAGGAAACUGGACACUUUCAGUCGCAUGGAGCUCAACACGCGCCACCACGCACAAAGGAAUCGUGUGAAGUCGGAGUCUCCUCUGCGUCCUCAUAUGUAUGAACUGUCCCGGAGUGGCUACAGCAGCUACGUCAACCCUGACAACAGGCUGAGCAAGAGGCUGGGAGCCAGCAUGCCCAACCCGGAGAACUCUGUCACUGAUGGCAUGGCUCCCGUCAGCACCAGAAGGCCGGCGUCUCUCAGGAAAAUGACUCCUGACAUGGGUUUGAAGUCUCCUCAGGCCACAGUGAAGGUUUUCCAUCUCCCAGACUUCCCACCUCCCCUGUCCUAUCAUUUCGUGCAGAACUACUACUCUGAUAUGAUUGCUUCGCUUGGGAAAGCUAUAAAUAAAACACCACCUGAGGAUUUGGCUUUGCUGGCCAGAUACCACUACCUGCGGGGUUUGGUGAACACUGUGUCCAACAGGCGUCUUAUUGCACUGGAAGAUUUCCAGAGUCUUUAUAAAACGGACUCCGAUAUUUUCCCUUCUCAGAUGGUCAAAUCCCUGGUCGACUCCCUGCUGGAUGUGGAACGCUUACAGGCAGACAAACGCCCUGAACUCAAAUGUCUCAUCAGUCGGGUUAAGAGGGAUCAAGAGCGGGAACAGGCAUGCCACGACAACAGGCACGAGGAAAGUGGUGUGAAGCAUUUCCAGUUGCCACAGAAGUACAUGCAACUGGACGAGUUCACCCAAUGCAUGCAGGAGUCCGGCAUUGUGAAAGACCAAGGAACCAUUGAGAGACUGUUUGACGCUCUGACUGUAGGUCUGCAGAAGCAAGUUAGUCCUGAUUUGUUUGGAGUGUUCUACACCAUCUGGAAGGAGACUGAGACUGAAGCACAGGAGGUGUGCCUCCCUGCAUCUGUUUUGGAGCAUAUUGAGCCCAGCGAGUGCGUCUUUAAGCUCUCGUCAUCAGUGAAGACGAGCCGUGGUGUUGGCAAGAUUGCCAUGACUCAACGACGGCUUUUUCUGCUGACCGAUGGACGACCAGGAUAUGUAGAUGUGGCACUGUACAGAGAUAUCGAGGAGGUGAAAGUAUCCUCAACUCCCUUCUUGCUCCUGCGAAUCCCGAGCCUGAAGCUGCGUGUCCGGGGAAGGAAGGAGGCAUUUGAGGCCAAUUUGAAAACUGAGACUGAGCUCUGGAACCUUAUGGUCAAAGAAAUGGUGGCUGGACGCUGUGUGGCCGACCAGCACAAGGACCCCCAGUAUAUGCAGCAGGCUCUGACCAAUGCCUUGCUGAUGGACGCAGUAGUUGGCAGCCUUCAGAGCAGUAAAGCCAUCUAUGCCGCUUCUAAGCUGGCUCACUUUGACCGCAUCAAGAUGGAAGUUCCGAUGAUGGUUCCCAAGACGACUGCAGAGACGCUGAAGCACAAAAUUAACCCUUCGCUGGAACUCGCGACUACUCAGACUGUAGAUGUACUUCUGUACACACCAGGUCAGAUAUGGGUGUCUGUGAGCGGCGGGAAGGUGAUGGUGUUUGAUGCUUCCAGCUGGCUCCUCACACACACUUGCCAAGUUGGGAAUGCAAGACUGAACUGCAUGUUGGGAGUUGACAAGGACCAGAUUUGGAUGGGCUCUGAGGACUCUGUGAUUUACAUCAUCAGCACGGUGGCCAUGGUCUGUAACAGACAGCUGACCGAACACAGAGCCGAAGUCACUGGACUGACGGUUGACUUUGACAAAUACAGCCAUAAGGUGGCGUACUCCUGCAGUGCAGACGGCAGCAUUAUGAUGUGGGACGUCUACACAUUACAGGUGAAGAAACACUUCUACCUGUCCUGUGACCGCCUUCAGUCUGUCUACAGCUCUAACGGCCGGCUGUGGUGCUGUUCUACCAACAGUAUCAUGGAGUUAUCCAGGAAUGGCUCCUUGAGACAUUGCCUGAGUUUGCCGGAGCAACAAACUGGAUCCGUCACUACGUUUUGCUCUGUUGUGUUUUUACCUGAGAGGGAGGAGCUGUGGAGUGUGCGGGCAGAUGCCGGGGAGGUGUGCAUCUGGAAUGUUAAAGACAUGAACAAACCUUAUCAGUGUGUGGCGCUGCAGGACUGUACAGGAUGCUAUUGCAUGAUUAAAGUGAAGAACCAGGUGUGGGUCGGUGGUGUUGGUUUCAGCUCUACUAAAGGGAAGAUUUACAUACUGGACAUAGAGCGCCACCAAGUGUUGAAAGAGCUUCACGGCCAUAGUGACAAGGUGACUGCACUUUGCUCCGCUGAGGAUCGCUACGUCCUCAGCGGAGCGGCCAAACAUGACGGAAAAAUUGCCAUCUGGAAAGUUGAGUAGAGAGAUUGACUGACAGGAGUGGACACGAUCUAUUCUUAGACAUUUUUUAAUGUAUGUCAACAUUGCACCGUUCAAGCUGCAGGACAACCUCCCGUGACUUGUUGAAGGACUCCAGUUGAAAGAGAAAGGAGG